AUGCCCCGCAACAGCACCAGCACGACGUACUCGAACGCGACGGCGACGGCGGCGGCCAUGAUCCCGUCGUCGACGGUGCCGUGGCCGCGCACCUUCACCGACGGCCUCCCGCUGCCGAAGCUGCUGGUGUUCGACCUCGACUACACGCUGUGGCCGUUCUGGGUGGACACGCACGUCACGCCGCCGCUGAAGGCCGAGGCGGGCGGGCGGAAGGUAAAGGAUCGGUACGGCGAGCCGUAUGGGUUUUAUCGCGAUGUUGGGGGCGUGCUCGUUGCGGCACAUGACAAAGGCCUCAAGAUAGCGGCCGCGUCGCGCACACACGCACCGGAGCUGGGCCGAGAGAUGCUGUCGUUGCUGCGCGUAUCGACUGGCAACGGCGGCGAGGAGACGACGGCCAAGGGCGGCGCGCACGACAACAAGAACAGCGAGAAGGCCAUCUCGUUUUUCGACUACCUGCAGAUCUUCCCCGGCAGUAAGACGACGCAUUUCGCCAAGAUACACGAGGCGAGCGGGAUCGAGUACGAAGACAUGCUGUUCUUCGACGACGAGGCGAGAAACCGGAACGUCGAGACGCUGGGAGUUGUCAUGUGUUUGGUCAGGGAUGGGGUCACGAGGGAUGAGGUGGAUAGGGGCGUUGAGCUGUGGAGGAAGAGGAACAAGAAGGGAGACGUCCAUGCACCCAGAUCAUGA